UGCAUUAGCCACAGUGCUUCAGCUCACCGAGCUAACAGCAAAACAAGGUGCCCGACACGCGAGCGUGGAGCUUUCGCCAAACACAAACUCAGUAACCCGGGCUAAAAUGGCCUCAUUAGGAGAACCUGUACGUCUGGAAAGAGACAUAUCUCGUGCCAUUGAACUGCUGGACAAGCUCCAGAGAACAGGGGAAGUGCCACCGCAGAAGCUGCAGGCACUGCAGAGGGUUUUACAGAGUGAGUUCUGCAAUGCUGUACGAGAGGUGUAUGAGCAUGUGUAUGAGACGGUGGACAUAAAUAGCAGCCCAGAGGUGAGGGCCAAUGCAACAGCAAAGGCUACAGUGGCUGCCUUUGCAGCUAGUGAGGGUCACUCACACCCCCGUGUGGUGGAACUCCCAAAAACUGAGGAGGGACUGGGCUUCAACAUCAUGGGUGGGAAGGAACAAAACUCGCCCAUCUACAUCUCACGUAUCAUUCCCGGAGGCAUCGCUGAUCGGCAUGGUGGCCUGAAGAGAGGAGACCAGCUGCUGUCUGUGAAUGGAGUAAGUGUAGAAGGAGAGCACCAUGAGAAGGCUGUGGAGCUGUUGAAGGCUGCUCAGGGUACAGUGAAGCUGGUGGUACGACACACCCCUAAGGUUCUGGAAGAGAUGGAGUCGCGCUUUGAGAAGUUGAGGUCUGCUAAACGCCGGCAACAGAACAACUACCCCCAGUAGGGCAUCUUGCUUGUGCCCCCACCCCCUCAUCUCUCUCUUUCUCAUUGUCUUUAAUUCUACCAUCUGUCUUCCUUAUUCACACUCACUCACCCCUUUCUCCAGCCAGGGAUUAGCCACAUGUUUGGCACUACUUUUUGUGAAAUUUUCUAAAUCCUCACCUCCUCAAGUUUUUAACAGUCUUUUCACACACUUCUUUCUCAUAGCAUGAACACUACAUGGGCUAUUGAUAUUGGUCACUUAGACAUCACAUAUGUGCACUGUUGUUGCAUUAUUAAGAAUGUACUGUCAUUUGGGAUGUUGAUUAGUCAGAUAUGCAAGUGGACCAUUGCAAUGUUCAACUCCUGAGGUGAUUUGAAUGAAAAUGUAAAAAAAAAAAGUGCCUAGAGAUAAAAUAAAAAUAAAUUAAGUGUCUGCAGCCCUUAAAAUGCUGUCAUCAUAGGCUGCGUUUUAUGGUCCAAGCACAAAAUGAAUGAAUACUACCACCUUGUUAAACAAACUGCUAAAUAAGUGUACACAUUUCUGAAAAGAAUCACCAUCAUCUCAAAAAAAAGAAAAAAAAAAAACAAAUUGUGUAGGGGUUUGUUAUUUUGUUUUUCCUGCUUGCUUUCCUUAGUGUUUGCCCAAGGAAAAAGGAAAAGAUCACCAGAAAUAUUUCAAAAUCUCACUUUAAAUCUCCUGAGAGAUAAAUGGCGGAGUGGUGACACAAGCAUUUCCAUCCGAACUGCUGUUUUCUUCCAACACAAAAUGUCAGCUGUAAAUAUUCCAUAUACUCUAGUACAAAAGACACUUAAAUGCCAGACAGAUUCCACUUACUGACCCAAACUGAUUGACUCUCAGAACACGUUUGCAAUGCAUGUUUAUACUGCCACCUUUCACUCUGUCAUGAAUGCACGGAAAGGGAUACAUGCUGUUAAUGUCUACAGUAAUUGGCAGAUCAGAUUUAUCAAGUAAACAAAUCAUCUUUCAUCAAACAAGAAUUGACCAAAAUUGUUAAUUUGGGACUGAUUUAGAGUUGUUUGGCUCUGAUUGACAUUUAAACAUAUUGCUUUUGAUUAAAUAUUAGUGAAUGGAAUCUUUACAAAGGGCACUGAGCGGUCCAGCCAAACAGCUGUUCAGAGGAGUUGCUAGUUGCACAGUUUAGGCAUUAGAUACUGAAGAUAGAUAGAUUGUUUAAAGUAAAAUUUUCAUAGCGUACUGCCCCUUAUAAAGCACAUAGAGAAACAAUGUGGCAGUAAAAUUUCUUAUUGAAGCUUGCAUUGCAGUUUGUUUUGUUUUUAGAAUUUAAGAUUUUAACUUAAAACCUUGCAGCAGCAACACUCUUUAGGAGUUUAGCAAGUUUUAGUUAUUUUAUUGUUCGGCUGUCUUUUGUUUCAUAACGCGUUCUGAAUGUUAAUAUGGCACUUGCCUUUCAGUCAGCUAUGGGUUCAUAUUGUAUACCCAGUUCAUGCUGAUAAUUACAAAAACCUGCAACAUUUUUAAUUAAAUGGUUAUCAUAUACAUGCAUCAUGAGAUAGCAACUGACCAUAAUCCUAGGGAAACAGCAACGAAUGAAUAAUGUAAAAAAUGUCAGCAUUAUUACCAAUAUGCUGACCGAGUCAUCCAUCCCAACACGCUCAAGUUAUGUUUUUAUGAAACUUGUCUAAGUAAAAAUGUUAAUCACUUGGUGCUGUAAUUUUCUUUCAUUUAUUUGUUUCUGAAGCUAAAACAGAUUCCUUGAUGCAACAUGACCUGCCAUCUAUAGUUUUUAUUAAAAAAAAAAAAAACCUGAUCAGUCCUUUCUCUGAAAAGUCAGUAGUUAAUAUACCCAUAUACAGAUUGUCUAGUGUUUAUGGGGACUUUAGACAUUUCUUUAUUUAGAGAUGCAGAUCUAGAGUUUUCUAGCUGUUAGCUUUUUCAGGUCUUACACCCAGAUACCUCAGUGCAAAUCCUAUUAAAUUGGUUACAUAAGAUUCAGCACUUCUUGUUAAUGUCAUAACAAAAUUUUAAGGAUUUAAUUGACAUGUUUUUUUUCUCUUAAAUACUGACUUAUCAAGAUAGGAUAAAAAAGGUCUUUAAAAAGUAGUUUCACACUGUACUUUCUCUUUGUACUCAUUUUCACAUGUUAAAAAUGCAACACGCUUGAUGUAUUUUUAACCACAAAUGCAGGUAUUUUCAGUGUGUGUCUGACAAGCUUGGAAAAAACAGUCUAUUUUUCCUCUGUCUCUCAUAAAAUAUUUAACAUGUCUAAUUAUAGAGGCCCAUGACUCACCCUGAGCUGAGAUACGUAGGUGUUUUGGGGGUGAGAGAUAAAAGUGUGGUCUGAUGUCUUACAUAAAGGAAUCAUUAUUGUGAAUGACAUAAAAGCAUAAAGAAUCAACUUUUUGUGGUGUAUAAGGUGCUCAGGUUGGAUGUUUCUACAAUAUCAUGAUUUUAAAGCCUCAUAUCACUAGAGCAAUAAUACAUAAUCCUUAUAUUACCAUCUCAAACAGGUAACUCACUCCCCAUUAAUAUGUAGUAUUGUCCAAAGGGGGUUAACUAACUAUUUUUGUAUACUGGUUUUCUUUUGAUAUUUUUCCAUUUUUUGAUAAGUAAUUUUUCUGUCAAGAUUUUUUUCCAGGAAUGCUUUGUAUUGGUUUAUCUAGACCACAUUCUCCCUGUGUUUCAAGUACAAAGACCAAGCUUGCAACCUUUGUGGGAGCUAUUUCAAUGCCUGGUCAGCUAGUUUGAGCUGUUUUUAAGAACCUGUUGUACUAUUGUAUUAUUUGACACUUCUAUCCUUGCUGUAUUGUGUUACAUUAAUGUGGAUGUGUAUAAAGAUUGAUCAAAAAGUUAUUUGUUUUGAGGAUGCAGUUUAGUUAUACUGUGUGUUUAAGUCUUUAGUGUGUUUGAGUUAUUGCCAUUUGUUUUUACCUUUGAAUAUCUCUUGUGAGUGUGUGUGUGUGUGUGUGUGUGUGAGAGAGAGAGAACACAGAAGAUUAAAAAUGAAUAGUAAUAUUAAUAGCAUUCACAGGCAACUUGACAAUAUUGCAUCAUUGCCCAGACUAUUGAGCGUUUUACCGUAACACUAGAGGGCACUGCAGGACAACAGAAUUAUAGUUGGUUGCUGGUGUCAGUUCUGUUUCAACACUCAACUGAAAUACUUAGAAUGAAUCGAACAGUAUGUUUUAGUAUAUUAAUAUAAUCUUAGACAAGUCCUUGCAUAUCCUGAAAUAUACAUGCUCAAAAACUAAAAAUAUUUUAAACUAACACUUUACAAUAAAGUUUUAGUCAUUAACAUUAGUUAAUGCAUUAGAUAUCAUGAACUAACAAUGAACAAUAUAUUUGUACAGCAUUUAUUAAUAUUUGUUAAUGUUAGUUUAUAAAAAUGCAAUUGUUCAUUGUUGUUCCUGUUAGUUCAUAGUGCAUUAACUAAUGUUAACAAAUACAAAUGUUAUAAAAUGUUAUAAAUACUAUAUGAUGAAAUUAACAUUAAGAUCAUUAAAUGCUGUAAAAUUGUUAUGUUAACUAAUGUUAAUGAAUGUAACAUUGUUGUAAAGUGUUACCUUUAAAACAUAUAUAAAAGAACAAGAGUAUGGAGUUGCAUGACGUCUGUGUCUUAAUGUGAUGGCACAUGGCCACAAACCAAUAAACAUACCCUCCAAGGAUUUGUCAGGCCAAUUUAGUUUCUUGUCAACAUUGUCAUCGACUGUGUUCUCUCUGUCUCAGGUUCCAUCUUUAAGACGAAGACCAUACCGUCAUUGACACUGAAAGUCUUACAGAGCCUAUUAAUAACACGUAAUAUAAAACAAUCCCUCUGCUGACAAGGUGCAGAGAGUUUGCACUGUGUUAAUGAUGAAAAAUAGGCCUGCUGACUGUAUUAAUGAAUUAAUCUGUCAUUCAAGCACACCUCUACAUUUCCUCGGACUGCUUUCCAGUCAUGUCUUUCUAGUGCAAGUCAGUCAGAGAUACCUGUUUUCUGGCUCCCUUGAACAAUAUUCCAGGUUUUUAAAUGCUGAAUUAAAAAUAAAACGUGAAUAAUGAAA